AUGUGUAUUGACUACAGACAGCUGAGCAAAGUCAGUGUCAAGAACAAGUAUCUGUUGCCAAAGAUUUAUGACUUAUUUGACAAGCUUCAGGGAACCAAGGUAUUUUGGAAGAUUGAUUUGAGGUCUAGCUACCAUCACUUGAAGAUUGAGGCAUCAAAGGUCCCUAAGACAGCUUUUCGGACUCGAUAUGAUCACUAUGAGUUCUCAGUGAUGUCAUUUGGCUUGACUAAUUCCCUAGAAGCCUUUAUGGAUUUAAUGAGAUGUGGGUUCAAGCACUAUCUGGAUUCAUUUGUGAUUGUAUUCAUUGACAAUAUCUUGGUUUACUCCCGCAGUCGAGAGGAGCAUGAUAAACAUUUGUGA